AAAGCCGCGCCCUGUAGAGCGGUUGCAAGUAAUUCGGGAUGUGCGGAGAGAACGGCUGUGAGUUCACCUGGGACGUGGGCCUCUCGGUGCUGGCGCUCUCCGCGGCGCUCUUCGGGCUGGUGGUGGGUAUCAAGGGCUUCUCCCAGGGGAAGAGCUGCUGUGAUGGCUGGGGCAGUCAGGCAGCAACUGUCCUGAGCAAUGUGAAAGGCCUGGCCGGCCUCUUCUUUGUGCUGGUGCCGCCCUUCUGCGCCUUGUGCGCCUGGUGCGUGGCGCAGAGCUUCUUUCACCUCGGGCGCUUCCAGGUGAAAGCUCUCGAGUGCUUUAUGACCUCCAGGGGUUUGCGCAUCCUGCAGAUCACCGCCAAUUUGCUCUUCUUCCUGUGCCUGGGCCUUUCACAGCUGCUGCUGCUUUGGGUCUUCGGAACUUCCUUCCUGGGCCACCUGUGCCAAAACCACAUGCUCGUCUCUCCGGCCCAGAUGGUGGCCGUGGGAAUAUCGAACAGCCCCCGAGACAUGCUGGAGAACGUCUUCAGUCCGACGAAAGACUCGUCGACCUUCCUGAUGCUGGGCUUGAGGGAGGCGAUGCAGGGCAUGAGCAUCACCAACUUCUGCGAGACCAUGCCCUACGCAGACGCGUACCUCUUCGACAUUUGGAUGGGCACCUUCCUUCUAAUGAUCAGCCAGUCGAUCAUGGCCGUGGCGCUGCGCGGUGAGAAGCAGCGCGUGGCGGUGCACGAAGAGCUCGAGGAUGACUACGGGACGAUGGCCGGAGAGGCCGUUCAGGGGCUGCUGAAGAACCGCGUCGCCGUCUCGGGCAUCGCCACGGCGGUGGCGGGGCCGGCGGUGGGCGGGCUCCUGGGCGCCGGCAUGCAGGCGUACUCCACGGAGCAAUCGGGCAGAAGCGUGGGGUUCUUUGGAUAAAGGGCC